AACUUUCCAUCGCCUCCACCACCGCCAAUGGGGAAGAAGGGGGCGAACUCGACGCCGGCGAAGGAGGAGACGGUGGAGGUGCCGACGAUCCUCGACGUCGCCUCCGGGGAGGGGCGCGUGCUGACGAUGGUCGAGGUGGACCCCGCCACCGAGAACCCUGCCAUCCUCGACGCCAUCAGGAAGAAGAACAGUGCUGCUCUUACCUCCAUCCUUGAUCCCCGUCAUGAUCCAUCCGCCAAGGACAGUUCAAAUGUAGCUGAUACUGUUUGGUAUCUCGGCAUAAAUGGCUGCCACGUUACUGGCAAUCUGAACCUGCUGACGGACCUCAUGCCUGUGUAUGACCGUUGGGUCAAAUCCCUCUUUGGGACAGGGCCGCCCAUGCAAGUCUGUGCUCGGGGAUCUGUGAACUGCAAUGGGAUCAAGCUUGAUGAUGUAUGGUAUGUUCCUGGGGUCACGUCGAAUGUGGUGGCGGUUGCUCAUUUAAGCGAUCAAGAACUUAAAAUUAGUAUGGGAGGAGGUGCCUGUUCUAUUGAGCGCCCUGAUGGCACGGUAGUUGGCAAAGGUCGUCGUAAGGACCGCCUGUAUGAGCUCGACUUUCUCGACAUCACUAGUGCAACUCCCUGGUACAUCGUCUCAAAUGCUGCUGAACACAUGACUGGCAACCUGCACCUCCUGACAAACUUCACCGCCACACGCCCAGGACGCCCAGUCCGGACACACACGGGCGAGAUGCUGCAGGUGUGCGGCAAGGGUUCCCUGAGCUCCACCCAGCUCGCUGUCCCUGGCGUCAGCUACGUCCCAGGUCUUACUGAGAACAUCAUCUCGGUGACCCAGCUCACCGACAGUGGCUUCAGCGUCGCAUUCAGUCCCCAUGGCUGCACUGUCACGAGGAACCGAAGCGGGGCGAAGGUCGGCUACGCGUACCAUGCGGGCAGCCAGCUGUACCGGCUCGACUACCUCAGGGACGCUAGCAGCAAAUAACCUGUGAACCGAAAGUUGUGAGCGUAACCAGCCAUAUGAGUUGCUAAGAUGAAGAGGGAGUUUAGCCGUUCAGUGUCCUUUUGGCUGCAAACAAGUUCUCAGCUGGUCUUUUGUAUGAAAAAACUUCUAGGUGUUUCAGUUAGGAUGCUGAUGCUACUACUUAUAUGUCUGUAUGUGCUAGGUAUUGGGAGACAAUGAGACGUUACCACGCACCAGUUACUCAUGGUUGGGUUGCUGCAUUUACCGUGGAUGUAGUUAAUAUGUAUGGUUUUGUCUCAGUGA